CACAUGUUGACUUUAUUUUUGCCUUUGUGUUGGUGUCAUCAGGAUGCAACAUGUCUUGGUUCACUGACUUGGCUGGGAGAGCUGAAGACUUCCUGAACAAGGUGGACCAAGGAGCUGCCACGGCCCUGAGCAAGAACCAGACAAGAACAUCAUCAUACAGGGAGGAGUGUUCUGUUACAAACCAGUUCAGCUCUGCAGAGUACCAGUCUGAGCAGACUGGGACACACCACACCUACACAGCCUCUCAUGAAGCAUCAGGCUUCAUCUCUGCUGCAGCAGGGAACAUCAAGAGAGCCAGUGCUGGUGCCACCAUGCUGGCUGGCACUGCCAGUGUGCCCAUUACUGCUCCUGUUUCUGACACCAGUGCUUCAAACUCGACCAAGACCUCAGCUGGCUUCGUGAGGCCCAGGAAGAGUGAGCAGGAUGUGGAUGACGACAUGCUCUUUAACUUCCUGAACAGCUCCGACCCUCCGGCUGCCAGCAGGAGGGACUCCAGAAGAGAACAUGGGAAGAUGACCCCUUCCACCACAGAGGCACCUAAUCCCACCCCUCCACCUCCCACCACC